GUGCGAGAUGAGAUCUCGUGGCUGAUGGACGUGCCCGUUUCCCACGCUCGCAGUGCAGCCUCAGCACCAGAAAAACACUUGUGGCACUCACUCGCUGUCAGUCGCCGUUCUAGCUCUAGUUUAGUUUGGUUUAAGCAACAAAAUCACUUUCGAAAAUUCCAACAAAUGUGUGUCUACAAACGUGUUUAGAUCCCACAACGUUCCAGCACCGAGCAACGGACAACAUUUUCCAAAAAUAUGUGAAAGUUUCAAACAUUUAAGGGUGAAUACUCCAACAACGUACAACCUCACCCGCCAAAAUCCGGCCACAGCAACUACCUGACAACAUAAACUGUAAAAUCGCAAUAGACUUUUUGAGCACAACAGACCAAAAUCCACCCCAUCCGCCCACCUAAGCCGUAACUCCGCAUAAAUUCCCUGGAAGAAGCUAAACAAGUCGCAUAUACAAAUUUACUCAGCAACCAGCGGCUAGCGACGCAAUGCAAUCAUCGACCGAUGCGGGCAAUGGUGGACCAAGAAAACACACGCAGAGCACAGCGCCCCAGAAGCAGCCGGAGAUUAGCGAGACCACCUCCUUCACCAUAAGCGCCACGAACAGCCAGCCGCAGCCGAGUCCCGGUGGACCCGCCAGCAGCACCCCCAGCAAAAAUCCCUUCAAGCAGCAGUUGGACAGCAAUCAGCAGAAUGGCAACAUGGACCAGGACUGCGGCAUCCUGGGCGUCGGCAAGCAGCCGCCGGCUCCGCCCCCGCCCACCUACCAGUCGCAGGCCUACGGAGGACGACAGGCUCCGCCGCCAGCGGAUCAGUACCGCGAGGAGGAUCCACGCGCUGCCGGGACCUGGUCCGCCGCCAAGUCCUGGAUGGUCAGCUGGCGGGGCUCCAACCGCCUGGUCCUCGUCAUCGUGGCCAUAGCCCUGCUCCUGGACAACAUGCUGCUGACCACAGUGGUGCCCAUCAUACCCGAGUUCCUGUACGACAUACGACAUCCUGAUGCGCCGCUCGACAGCUUUCCACGCACCCCGCUGUCCUCCAUUGUGCCACCGCUCCCGACGCCGUGCCCCUGCAACAAGGAUGGCAGCGAGGCGGCCCCGCCCGAGAUCACCACGAUUAGUCCGGAGGAGAACGAGACCUACUACCGGGAGCUGGAGCGCCACAACGAGCUGGUGGGCGAGACCGUCGAGGUGGGACUCCUGUUCGCCUCCAAGGCGUUUGUUCAGCUGCUGGUUAACCCAAUUGUAGGACCCCUGACUCACCGCAUUGGCUACAGCAUUCCCAUGUUCGCAGGCUUCGUGAUAAUGUUUCUUUCAACGAUCAUUUUCGCCUUUGGCCGCUCUUACCUGGUUCUGUUUGUGGCGAGGGCUCUGCAGGGCAUUGGAUCAUCUUGCUCCUCGGUUUCUGGAAUGGGUAUGCUGGCUGAUCGGUUCACGGACGACAAGGAGCGUGGAAAUGCCAUGGGAAUAGCGCUAGGCGGUCUGGCCUUGGGCGUGCUUAUAGGUCCUCCCUUUGGCGGGGUGAUGUACGAGUUCGUGGGCAAGUCGGCUCCGUUCCUGAUCCUGGCUGCUCUAGCCCUGGGCGAUGGCCUGCUGCAGUUGUUCAUGCUGCAGCCCUCGAUCCAGAAGGCCGAAACGGAACCACCCUCGCUGAAGAGCCUCAUCAGCGAUCCCUACAUCCUGAUUGCCGCUGGUGCUAUCACGUUCGCCAACAUGGGAAUCGCCAUGCUGGAGCCCUCGCUGCCGCUUUGGAUGGUGGACAACAUGGGCGCCACCCGCUGGGAGCAGGGCGUGGCAUUCCUGCCGGCCUCCAUUAGCUACCUAAUUGGCACCAAUCUCUUCGGACCGCUGGGACACAAAAUUGGACGUUGGUUCGCCGCCUGCUUGGGCCUGAUCAUCAUCGGAGGAUGCUUGAUUUUCAUACCUAUGGCCACCUCGAUCACCCACCUGAUUAUACCAAACGCCGGCCUGGGCUUCGCCAUCGGAAUGGUGGACUCCUCGAUGAUGCCGGAGCUGGGCUAUCUGGUGGACAUCCGGCAUUCCGCCGUGUACGGCAGUGUUUACGCCCUGGGCGAUGUGGCCUUCUGCGUGGGCUUCGCCGUGGGCCCCGCGUUGUCCGGAUCGCUGGUGAAGAGCAUCGGAUUCAAGUGGAUGCUGUUCGGAAUCGCCAUCCUGUGCUUCAUGUACGCCCCCCUGCUGACGCUGCUGAAGAAUCCGCCGACGAGCGACGAGAAGAAGUCUUUGAUCUAUGGUCGCGAUCGGGCCCAGGUACGUUACGUCACCUAUCAGAACUACGAAGAAGACGAAUAAGCAAACGAUUUAACUCCAACGCAAUGUUGCCAAAAGUGCAACCAAAAAUCCCAAAAAAAAAGAACGGUAAUAAAAUCUUAAAAAAAAGAUCAAAGGGACAGAAAGUAACCAUAACCACAACCAACAAUAUCAGAAAUAUCAUAUGAAUUUUCAAAUGAAAUCGUUAUUCUUGUUCAAUGUUUUACACAAGUUGCACUAUAGUAUUUAUAUAUAUACCAAUGAUCACAUCCAUAAGUUACCUCCCCCAAAAGUUUGGCACACGUUAAAGUCAAACUCUCAAAUAUCACAAAUAGUAGUAUAGACGAAAGAGAAGGUUGAGUGAAAAUAGGCUCUGCGAUGAGCUGGAUGUUCGAUGUAACGGGUAAGAGAUUGUUUUGAGUAGGAAAGAAAAAGUAAGGAUCCUAAGAACCCUACUACAUAUUGGAGGCAAUUUAGUGACCAAAGGUUUGGAAACUAUCUUUUUUUGGUAGUACAAUUUGCGCAUCGAAAACAACAGAUGUAGGUGUACGAAGAGCUUAAUGAGCUUGUAAGAGUCUUUCCUUGAAAGACUCUACUCCCAGCAAGGAAGGUUUAAUUGCCGAUCCAAUAAGCAGGCGCCCGCAAUUGCAUUGAUUUAAUGGGGAAUCCAAAGGAGUGC